AUGCGGUUCAGUCUCCUUGCCUCCUCAGCAGUUGCGCUUUAUGCUUCUCUGGCCACCGCCGACGCGUCGGACGUGAUCAACCUGACCGCGGAGAACUUCGACGCUGUGGUCAAGCCGGAGCCUGUCAUUCUGGUCGAGUUCUUCGCACCAUGGUAUGGAUACUUCUGGGCGUGGGUGAGGUGUGGACACUGUAAGGCAUUGGCUCCCCACUAUGAGGAGGCCGCGGGGGCUCUGAAGGAGAUCGUGAAGCUAGCCAAGGUCGAUUGUGUUGACCAGGCAGAUCUCUGUAGCGCCAAUGGGAUCCAGGGCUACCCGACGCUGCGAGUCUACCGCCAAGGUGACUACAGCGACUACACGGGCCCUCGGAAAGCAGACGGUAUCGUCGCGUACAUGGCCAAGCAAUCCCUCCCUGCGGUAUCUGACGUGACAUCCGAGAACUACCAGGAGUUCAUCAAAGCAGACAAGGUCGUUGCCGUUGCCUUCCUUCCCGCUGAGACGGAUGCCCCCGGACCCGAAUUCACGGCGACGGCGAACAAGCACCGUGACGACUACCUCUUCGGUGUUACCACAGACAAGGCUCUCGCUGAGGAGGCCGGUGUCACCCCUCCCACCAUUGUUGUCUUCCGCGCCUUUGAUGGCCCCAAGACCGAGUACCCUUACCCCGUCGGCUCCGCCAAGGUCAAGAACAUCGAGAAGUGGCUCCAGGAGAUGUCCGUCCCUGUUCUUGAGGAGGUCGGCACAGAGAACUACCACGUCUACGCGGAGAGCGGCAAGCCGAUUGCCUACCUGUUCAUUGACCCGACCGAAGAAAAGAAGGACCAGCAGAUUGCUGCGAUCCGUCCUGUCGCUGCGAAGUACCACAGCGACGUCAGCUUCGUCUGGAUCGACGCUAUCAAGUUCGCCGACCACGGCAAGGCGCUCAAUCUCGUCGAACCCAAGUGGCCUAGCUUCGUCAUUCAGGACACCCAAAAGCAGCUCAAGUACCCGUACGACCAGGCUAAGGAGGUCACCCCGGAGGCGAUUGAGAGCAUGGUGCAGCAGUUCCUGGACGGCAAGCUCGAGCCCCAGCUCAAGAGCCAGCCUAUCCCUGCAACCCAGGACGAGAGCGUGUUUAACCUUGUCGGCAAGCAGUUCGAUGAGGUUGUCUUCGAUGAGGAUAAGGACGUCUUCAUCGAGUUGUACGCUAGCUGGUGUGGUCAUUGCAAGCGUCUGAAGCCAACUUGGGACCAGCUCGGCGACCGUUACGCGGCAGUAAAGGACCGUAUCACCAUUGCCAAGAUGGAGGCGCAGGAGAACGACCUCCCUCCCUCUGUGCCGUUCCGUGUCAGUGGCUUCCCUACCCUCAAGUUCAAGCCUGCAGGCACCCGUGAGUUCAUUGACUACAAUGGCGAUCGCUCCCUCGAGAGCCUCGUCGCCUUCGUCGAGGAGAACUCGAAGAACCCGCUCGACCCGAAGGUCCCCUUCAAGAACGAGUCACAACAGGAGCAGGUGCCGUUGGCGGCCGACCACCACGACGAGCUUUGA